UUAGGAUUCCUUAGGUCAAGGCCCCGACUGCAUACACGUACGUUUUCACAGUUCCCCACGGGUCUCAAGGAUCGGCGUUGGGUCCCCGUGGCGGCGCCUCUGGCGAGGCCCCUUGCGCGCUCCGCGCGCCGGGGUGGGAGGCCCAACGCCGAUUCGAUACAUCUGCGAGGACCUUUGAGAGAUUCAGUGUCUGCAGUUUCGGCUCUUCUCCUGCCCCAAGGCUGCGAGCAUUUUGGGCGCCGUUUUCGUUACCGUUUUCAGGUCUGGGAUUGGCCUGUGUGGCCCGCUUGCGCGUUUUCUUUUUUUCAUUGCGUCUCAACGCGAUUUUCUGAGGCCCACUUUUCGGGAUGCCGUCCUCAGCACUUGUUGAUCGAGUCAAUGUAGACAUGUGAAAAUGUGAAAAACGGAGGGGAGAACAAACAAAACGUCCCAGCGUUUUUUGUCAUUUGAGGCUGGGCGUCGUCGCCACCAGCGACUUCGCCUGCGGUGACCUUGUCGUUGCGGAGCGGCCUGUGAUGGCCUUCAGCUGGGGAGAAGAAGAUAGAGUAGAGGAGAUGUUCGACGGCUUGCCUGAGGAAGACAAGGAGGUCGUGAUGAGUCUCCACGAUCAGUUUGUCGAUGGCUCUGGCCAGGCGGACGGGCAGCGAUCGCUCGAUGGCGUGAUGCGCACGAACGGCUACCGCACAGGCGACGGCUUCGUGCUGCUCACCCUCUUGAGCCGCUUCAACCACUCCUGCUCGCCGAACUGCGAGCACAGCUUCGACGGGGACCUCUCGGAGAUGCACGUUUACGCCAGCACGGACAUCGCCGCGGGCGAGGAGCUGCGCACGUACUGGAUGGAGCUGGCCGCGCCCACCGACGAGAGGCUGGCGCUCCUGCGAGAGGAGCUCGGGUUCACGUGCAGGUGCCCGGCGUGCGUCCGGAGCGGCGCCGCGGCCGCCGCCAGUGACGGGCGCAGGCGCCGCUUGCGCUACCUACAGGAGUGCCUGGAGGACCUUCGGGUCGAGGGCGCCGACGCGGACGUCGAGCGCGGCCUGACAUUGUCCGAGAGGUGCUCGACCUGUGCGACGAGGAGGGCCUCCACCCGAAGACACUUCGGAUGCAGGCGCACUUCGACGCGUACCACCUGCACGCCAUGCUGGGCGACCGCGUCCACGCCCAGGAGGCCUGUCGAGAGGCGUGCCGCUUCAGCGAGAUGUGCCGGGGGCCCCAGCACUCGGACACGCGGAUGUUUCGGGCCUUGUGCUCCGACUGAGCUCCUCGGCCAUGAGCGGGAGGCCGUCAAUCGCGCCAGUCUUGCCUCGGCGGAGAAAAAGGAAGGCGCUGUGUGCGGCAGCACCGUUAUCCG